AUGAAUGGUAUCAUACACGAGAUAGCCAACCGCUUCGGCGACCACACCACGAACAGACUGAACCUACCGCCAAACAUCACCAACAACCUGGACAGGUUCGUCCCCUUCAUGUCGAUGGGCGCCUCGCAGCCACUACAACCGCUACCACGACAGCCGAAGCCCACUCUCCAAUCGACAUCCUCAUCGUCGUCACCGCCGCCCCCGGGGCUGCCGAAGAAGGCUUCUGUUACAGGGACCAAAGAAAACAGGAACGAAGGAAACGUUCAUGCGCGAUCGUUGUGGAAGAGACUCGGGAAGCUGGAAAGACGAGACUUCAAGCUAGAUGCUAGCGUAGAGGCUCUGCGCACACGUAGUUUGAAAGCCUUGUUGAGUCAGGACGGGGAGGAAGCGCUCGAACUCGACAUGGAAGAUGAAAACAUGUGGUUGGGCUUGUACAGGUACAUGGGAAAGCUCGGUAACCAGACCAAGACCAAUGAAAUCCGGCAGCUGAUCAUUCGAUUGACCAUGCGAACCGUGUUCAGAUCGCUCAAGCCGCCCAGGAAAGGCGGGAAGCGGUCCAAAACUGCUCCACAUCUCAGCGACGCAGAUCUUGGUCGCUUCUGCGACGACUAUUUUGGGUUUUUGGUUGAUGACGAGACUGCCCAAGGCAAGGCUAUUUUGAAGUGGAUUCGCCAUGAGUCGAGGCUUGCAAACGCAUACGGUGUACUGGCAGAUGAGCUUGGUUCUGUCGGUCGAGGAACGUUGGUAUACAUGGUCGCGAACGGGUGGAUCACACACCAUCAAUUGGGCUACGGUCUGGCGUUGGACACAGUGGUGGGAAAGGCAGGCCUAGCGCAUCUGGAAUCACUGAAAUUGUAUGAGAUGAAGAGUGUGCGGGACUGGGAGAAGAGGGUGGAGCGCUGGUGCGAAAAACUGUUACCGGCUUUGACUGGAAAUGAGCAGCAGAGCUAGCCGGCGCUAGAGGUAUUUAGGUCAUCACUCGACAUGGAAGAAGACUCC